AUGAAACGCAGGAUCGAAAGUCUCCCAGUCGUUCGCAACGUCGACAACGCCAACCAGAACCACAGCAGUGAGAAGAGACGACAGAGAAAACGGGCUGAAAGUCCUCGCGAUGAGGACAGGCUUUUCGUCACACCUGACCCGGAGGAUCCACAUCGUUACACCUACUGCCAACAAGAGGUCAUUGAGAGCGCGAAGCACGUCCGUCAGAACCGCGGCAUCAACGAAAGCAACACGGAUACGACACAAGAACAGUCAAGCAACGUACAAAAACCCCUCAACAUGGCACAGCUCCUUGCACUUCCUGCUAGGCCUAUUCCCGCACCCAUUGCCUACCCCGUCAUUGCCAGAACGACUCGGGGAUACGUGGCAAUGACCCAGCAGGAAGUGAAAAACCAGGAGGUACACCCUGAGUGUGACAAUAAGAAGGGGCAAGGGUACGCCAGCGAGGUAAGCCGUGCUGAGCACCGGAGAAGGGCUCACGAGCGCAGCUACUCCCAAUACCCUGGGGGCAUGAGAGGCCUGCAGCCGUUCACAGUUCUAUGA